ACUGUCGCGCUGUGUUAGUCAAACGAAUCUUUGAUUACUAUUUUGAUAUCUUGCAUUUAUUUUAUAUUAGUAGAGGAUGCCUGAAGUAUCGCCUGUGUGUUCACUUUAUUCACAGUGUCUUUGUGUCAUACAAGAUAAUUUAGAACAUAUAUAUAGGCCUACUCCCAAACCGGAGACGGGUAGUUCAUGUUCCAUCUCAGAAACAACUGAAGGCGAAUCCGACAACAAUUCGUUUCACAAAAUACCAACCAUUUUGUUGGAGGAGAUCAUCUGUUCAUUCCCUAGAGAAAAGAAAUUAAAAAAUUUCAACAUUGGGUUUCUCAUUACCCCCGAGCUUAAAAAAUUAAUUAUUCCCAAUUUAUGCCGCUAUAGUAACUACAAUGAGCAAUACCUGAAUUUCAGAAGACUUGAGAAACUACAAGUGUUAGUCAUGCAAAAAACAAAUGUGGGAGACUCUUGUUUAAAAAUCAUAGGGACAUGGUGUAAAAAUUUAAGGGUAUUGGAUGUAAAUUAUUGCUCCAGAGUGACGGACACUGGUAUUGAAUGGUUAAUUCUCCAAUCAAGUGAGCUGCGCAGCACACUUCGACAGUUGUUGAUUUUGUGUCGUUUCGUGACGAAAAAAGGAACCAAAAUGGCUCUACACCAUUUUUCAGCCUUACAGGUCAUCGAAAAUCGAAAUAUCUUUGAUGUUUUAGUAGAAGUGGUUAAGUCAGCGGCGAGAGUUCAAAGUCGACCCCAAAUUAUAAAAUUCCCUUUCCUUCGUCUGAAAAUCCGUCCUGCUGGUUUAUAUCGAAAAGGGAAUUUCGGGUUGGUAGUAGGAUGUUGCCCAGGGCUUCUCGAUCUCACUAUUGUUGUUAAGAAGGGAUUAACAGACUCUGAUUUGUUUUGUUUAACAAAUUUGAAGAACUUCCGAUUACUCAGAAUCUUAGGACUUAAACCGAUCUUAGGAGACUUAAACAGAUCUAGAGGAGAUGAAAUUACCUUCGACAUGGGCAUUGCUCCAGUGCUAAAAGUUGUCGGAAAUUCAUUGAAAGUUCUCGACCUUCUGCACUUCGAAGUCGACAUUUGGACCAUUGUAAAAUUUUGUCCCAAUUUAACCUCACUAAUUUUCGAAAAGCAUUGCGAAAGUUUAAGUGCCUUGUCUGAAAACGAAGUGAUUCAAUUACGCAAUGAAAAAGGACGAGUUAUUUUUGGGGACCUUAAGAUUUUAGAAUGCGGCUUCAACCUUUCAAAUGACAUUCUAUUUGCUUUGUUAUCUUGUCCUUUACUAGAAGAAGUUGACAUAUCUUAUUGUAACGCACUCACCGACGAAUUUUUACAAGAAGCCAUGAAAAAUGGCAUCUUAAAAAAUCUUCAGGUACUAUAUUUAAUACGCUGUAAUUUAGUGACAAAGCAGGGAUUAGAUGCACUAUUAAUAAAUGGCAAUCGUCUUGCAGAAAUAAUCUGCUCUUUUUGUGAAAAAGUCACUCUUCGCAAUGUUUAUGAUUGGUACAAAAUCGCUCGUCGUAACAAUUGGGAAUUAUUUUUAGAGUUUGAGAAUGAUGAAACUGAACGUACAACUUAUGCAAGUUAUAGCAGCGCUAGCUAUUAACGCACAAGUUUUGUGUUCUUAGUAACCGGUAUUGAAAAAUUUAGAGUAGUGAACUAAUUUUUUCGUCCGUGUGUGAAUGAGGCGAGCUCCAAUAAGUGUUUAUUUGUGUUCUGGAGAAUAAA